AUGAACACGCUGUGUCCUGGUCGCUUCCACACCCGGGCUGUCAGCGCCUCCCAACCCUUCCAGCCCCGACCACAGAUGAGCUCAGCUCGGAGUUUCAUUAACUUCUGCAUUGCAUUUACAAGGAAGCCUUUCCCCACUGGGUCAGGGCGACCCCAUCCUCAGACACCAGUCCACGCCACCGAGUGGCUGCCCUUUCCGCAGACCCCUCCACAUUGCCAGGUUGUACUGACCCAGCAGCUGGGAGGCCCCCUGCCCUCCAGCACCUUCCCAGACCACCUCGCCCUGCGCCCACAGCCCCCUGCGCCCCAGCACCUUCCCAGACCACCCUGCCCUGCGCCCACAGCCCCCUGCGCCCACAGCCCCCUGCCCUCCAGCACCUUCCCAGACCACCCUGCCCUGCGCCCACAGCCCCCUGCGCCCUCAGCCCCCUGCCCUCCAGCACCUUCCCAGACCACCCCGCCCUGCGCCCACAGCCCCCUGCCCUCCAGCACCUUCCCAGACCACCCUGCCCUGCGCCCACAGCCCCCUGCCCUCCAGCACCUUCCCAGACCACCCUGCCCUGCGCCCACAGCCCCCUGCGCCCACAGCCCCCUGCGCCCUCAGCCCCCUGCCCUCCAGCACCUUCCCAGACCACCCCGCCCUGCGCCCAAAGCCCCCUGCCCUCCAGCACCUUCCCAGACCACCCCGCCCUGCGCCCACAGCCCCCUGCGCAUGUGCCUCACAGGCCUGGGGCUAGCCACAGAGAGGGUCCCAGCGCCAAGGCGGCUGGCCUGCCCACCCCUCUCACGGGCAGAGCAGUGGGGCUCCCGCCGGGAGGCCGGCGCCAGAGGCCCUGGGCUCCCCGACCCCACCCAGCCCGGGCUGCUGCGCCCCGGAAGCCAGGAGCGGCCUGGCCGGCCGGGCUCGCAGCGGCGGGGACCCCUGCCACCCCCCUUGGGUCUGGGAGCCGGGCCUUGGGGGCGGCCGGCCAGCGGCGGGGUUCCUCGCCCACGCUGGUGGAGGUCCCGCCCGUCCCCGGGCCGGCUGCGCGCGCCGGGGCCCCGUGGAAGCUUCCGCUCCGGGCCCUGGUGCCGGCCGCCCCGGGCGCGCUGGGGCUGCCCUGCAGCUCCCACGGGGCGCCGGGUCCUCGGGCGGCCCUGCCCUCCCCCCGUGGCCACGGCGACACUAGGCCGCUGCGGGCGCCGCGGUGGCCCUCGGCCCCAGUCCCCUCCGCCCGGGCCCCGGCUUCCCGAGCGCGCCGCCCCGGACUUCCGCCCCGCAGUGCCGGAGCGAGCUGGGGCGCUGCCCGCGUGCCGAGUCGGGCCCACCGGGCGGCGGGGGGCGCGACCGGGACCCGGUAGGGCGGGUGGGGAGGGGCCGGGGCAGGGACGACCCCGCGACCCUCGGGGCGGCGCGAACGAGGCCCGCGGGGCGCGGGGCGCGGGGCGCGGGGCGCGGGGCGCGCGCUGCGGACGGAGCCCCGAGCCCGCGGCGCCCCGGGGCGCACGCGGCGGACGGCGCCGGGAGCGGAGCCCGCGGCCGCGCGCCCCGGCCGGCCGAGCAGCUUUGUGA